CGCCCGCUCGUCACCGGUAGUCACAAUGGGGCUUACCUUCACCAAGCUCUUCCAGCGCCUCUUCUCCAAGAAGGAGAUGAGGAUCCUCAUGGUUGGCCUCGACGCCGCUGGUAAGACGACCAUCCUGUACAAGCUCAAGCUUGGCGAGAUCGUCACGACCAUCCCCACGAUCGGUUUCAACGUCGAGACCGUCGAGUACAAGAACAUCUCGUUCACGGUGUGGGACGUCGGCGGCCAGGACAAGAUCCGCCCGCUCUGGAGGCACUACUUCCAGAACACGCAGGGUCUGAUCUUCGUGGUGGAUAGCAACGAUCGCGAUCGCGUCUCGGAGGCUCGGGACGAGCUCCACCGCAUGCUCAACGAGGAUGAGCUCCGCGACGCCGUCCUGCUCGUUUUCGCGAACAAGCAGGAUCUCCCGAACGCGAUGACCGCCGCGGAGAUCACGGACAAGCUCGGCCUUCACAGCAUCCGCCAGCGUCAUUGGUUCAUUCAGUCCACGUGCGCGACGUCCGGCGAGGGUCUGUACGAAGGCCUCGACUGGCUCUCCACCAACAUCGCGAACGCGGGCUCUCGUUAAUUCGAUUCGAUUCGUUCGACGGCGAGUGAUGCGAUCGCGAGGUGCGCGCGCGCGCGAGACGAGCCUAGAGCCUCGAGGAGGAGGAGGAGGAGGAGGAGGAGGAUGGCGCGGCGCGAGGUGGUGGGGGCGGCGCGAGCGUCGACGGGAAGAAUUUAUUGACGGGGCUGGUAUUUUUUCUUCCCGUCGCGAGAGCGCUCGAGCGCCCCGUCGGGAUCGGAGCGGAUCGGAACGGCGGGGGCGCUGUUGACUCGCGAGGGCACGCCCAGCCCGCGAGUUAGGACAGCUGGGGGGUAACAUUUUGUCUAGGCAGCAAACAAACGUGUAACGGAAUCGCACGGCGUUCCGAAC